UCUUGGUGUUUUUUCUGUGGUCUGGAGCCAUGGCUCCAUCCCCGCCAUUUUCGCUACUCCAACAGCGCGACGCCACGAAUUUCUUACUUUGUUAGAACUGUGCGGUAAAAUAUAUAGGCAUCGGGCGUACCCCUAACUCACGACGCGACACGAACGCGAUUAGACGACGUUUUUGCAACCCUCGGCAAACAUCAGUCACAGACGGACCUUCGACCUCCGACGCUUCUCGCGUCGGUAUAGGGCACAAUGCUUCAACAAGGUGUGCACUGGUGGGGGGGGAAGGUGUGCUCAGAAGGGCUGGUAUGGAGGUGGGGGGAGCUGGAAACCGCCGCAGGGGUGGUGUGUGCUCCUUCCACUGCCUCUCCGCCCCUCCACCCUAACGUUCAGCCGCGUUCGCUCACUCCCGCUCUAGCACACCCCUUACUUCCAUCCCGCUACAGUAGCCUGGUUUGUGGCAGAAUGAGGGAUCAAGGCUUUAGGGGACAUGACUGUAGGGCGUGCUAGAUUAUAAGUAGAUCCCCGCCAUUUUCGGCUAGCAAAAUCGCUAUAGCUGCCUGGCUGCCUGCCUGGCUUUCUAUUCCUAACUAAUUGUGAACUUGAAAUGUAAUGUGUUUUUUCAUUUUCUCAUUAGCAGA